UGCUCCACCUCUCAGCCUUUUUCUUCUCUGUUAUUGAGAGGACUGCGGUCGAGCAGAGCAGUCCCGGACAGUGCUUCGGACCUUUGAUCCACAACAAAUCUCCUGUAGAACUUCAGACUGGACAAAAUCAUCAUGUUGAGUAGAGACCUUCCAGAUAUUGAGAGCAUCCUGGCUCUGAAUCCCAGGGUGAAAACUCAUGCUCAGAUCACGUCCACAGCAAACAAGAAGAAAGAAAAGAAACACUGGAAAAGAAACCCAGAGAGAAACUGCGAUUCUUGUGUGAAGUUGGACAACAACUUUGACGACAUUAAACACACGACACUGAGCGAGCGUGGCGCUCUGCGAGAGGCAAUGAGGUGUCUAAAAUGUGCCGACGCACCGUGUCAGAAGAGCUGCCCGACCAACCUGGACGUCAAGUCAUUUAUCACCAGUAUCUCCAAUAAGAACUACUAUGGGUCAGCGCGGGCCAUCCUGUCAGACAACCCGCUGGGUUUGACCUGUGGAAUGGUUUGUCCCACGUCAGAUCUGUGUGUCGGAGGCUGUAACCUGUACGCCUCUGAGGAAGGGCCCAUCAACAUCGGAGGGUUACAGCAGUUUGCUACCGAGGUGUUUAGUAUGAUGGGCAUCCCUCAGAUCAGGAGUCCUGAACUCCCACCACCGAAUGAGAUGCCUGAGUCUUACCACAGCCCCAUUGCUCUGAUUGGCUGUGGCCCUGCGUCAAUCAGCUGUGCUUCCUUUCUGGCCCGACUGGGAUAUGAAAAUGUUACUAUAUUUGAGAAACAGAAGUACAUUGGAGGACUGAGCACAUCAGAAAUCCCCCAGUUCCGCCUUCCCUAUGAGGUGGUCCAGUUUGAAGUAGACCUAAUGAAGGAUCUCGGAGUCAAGGUGAUUUGUGAAAAGGGUCUCAGUGCUGAAGGAAUGACCCUGACGUCCCUGAAGGAGGACGGAUUUAAGGCUGUCUUUAUCGGAAUUGGUCUCCCUCAGGCAAACAGAGCUGAGAUCUUCAAUGGUUUGACCAUGGAUCAAGGCUUCUUCACCUCCAAAGACUUUCUGCCCCUGGUGGCCUCAGCCAGCAAGAAAGGUAUGUGUCAGUGUCGCUCGUCUCUGCCGGAGAUAAGAGGCGUGGUGAUAGUUCUGGGCGCUGGAGACACUGCGUUUGACUGCGCCACCUCGGCCCUUCGCUGUGGAGCCAGGAGAGUGUACGUCUGCUUCAGGAAGGGCUUCACGAACAUCAGAGCUGUUCCCGAAGAGAUGGAGCUGGCUAAGGAGGAACAGUGUGAGUUCUUGCCCUUCCUGUCCCCUCGAGAGGUCAUCAUGAAGAAUGGACGGAUCGCCGGGUUACAGUUCUGUCGCACUGAGCAGACUGAGAAAGGUGACUGGGUGGAAGAUGAGGACCAAGUUGUGAGGCUGAAGGCAGAUUACAUCAUCAGUGCCUUUGGUUCAGUGUUGAGUGACCAGCAAGUGAUGGAGGCCCUGUCUCCAGUGAAGCUGACCCGCUGGGGAACUCCAGAGGUGAACACAGACACCAUGCAGACCAGCGAGCCCUGGGUGUUUGCAGGUGGAGACAUCGCUGGUUUGGCAAAUACCUCAGUGGAAUCCGUGAACGAUGGCAAACAGGCCUCAUGGCACAUUCACAGAUACAUACAGUCCCUGCAUGGACAGACAGUGGACCCAGUCCCCAAGCUACCAUUGUUCUACAGUGCUAUAGAUGAGGUGGACAUCAGUGUCGACGUUUGUGGAAUAAAAUUUCCCAACCCGUUUGGACUGGCUUCUGCUCCGCCCACCACCACCACAGCCAUGAUCAGAAGAGCCUUUGAACAAGGAUGGGGUUUUGCUCUCACCAAGACAUUUGGACUGGACAAGGACCUGGUGACAAACGUGUCUCCUCGUAUCGUGCGUGGCACCACCUCAGGUCACAUGUAUGGACCAGGCCAAGGCUCGUUCCUCAACAUCGAGCUCAUCAGUGAGAAGACAGCAGCGUACUGGUGUCAGUCAGUGACUGAGCUGAAGAAGGACUUCCCCAAUAAUGUGGUGAUCUCCAGUAUCAUGUGUAGUUACAACAAGGAAGACUGGACUGUACUAGCCAAGAUGGCAGAGAACUCAGGUCCAGAUGCACUGGAGCUAAACUUGUCUUGUCCUCAUGGGAUGGGGGAGAGAGGCAUGGGACUGGCGUGCGGACAGGACCCGGUGCUUGUACGUAACAUCUGUCGCUGGGUGCGAGCAGCCAUUUCCAUCCCGUUCUUCACCAAACUGACACCAAACGUUACCAACAUUGUCGACAUCGCCAAGGCUGCUUACGAAGGUGGGGCAGAUGGAGUCACAGCUACAAACACAGUGUCGGGUUUGAUGGGACUGAAGGCAGAUGGCUCUCCCUGGCCAAGUGUCGGGGCGGAAAAAAGCACCACCUACGGAGGGGUUUCUGGUAACGCCAUCAGACCCAUCAGUCUCAGAGCGGUAUCAGCCAUUGCCAGAGCAAUUCCGGGUUUCCCUAUACUGGCCACUGGGGGCAUUGACUCAGCUGAGUCUGGACUACAGUUCCUCCAUGCCGGGGCCUCAGUUCUACAGGUGUGCAGUGCAAUUCAGAACCAGGAUUUCACAGUCAUUGAGGAUUACUGUGUAGGUCUUAAAGCUUUGUUGUACCUCAAGAGCCUGGAGCUGAAGGACUGGGAUGGUCAGUCUCCUCCGACAGCGAGACACCAGAAAGGAAAACCAAUUCCGAGACUGGAAGAAAUGGUCGGACAGAGCCUCCCCAGCUUCGGUCCAUACCUCAAACAGAAGAAGGAAACCCUCGCCGACUACAAGAAAAAGCUCAGAGAAGCGACGAUAACUGAUAUGGUGGAAACUAACAUCGCCCGAGUUAACGCGCUCAAAACACCUGUUCCAGCUGUCAAGGAUGUGAUCGCCAGAGCUCUGCGCCACAUUGGAGCAUACAGCAAUCUUAACAACAUGGAGCAGGUGCAAGCUCUGAUAGAUGAAGAGAUGUGUAUCAACUGUGGGAAAUGUUACAUGACCUGCAAUGACUCUGGAUACCAGGCCAUAACAUUUGAUCCAGAGACUCACCUUCCCUUCGUGAAUGACAGCUGCACGGGCUGCACUUUGUGCUUGAGCGUCUGUCCAAUCAUAGACUGCAUCCAGAUGGUAACCAGGACAACGCCCUAUGAGCCCAAGAGGGGUGUGCCCAUUAGUCCUGUCUGCUGAAGGGAAGAAAAAAAACAACUAACCCUUUCUGUUUCAUCAUGGAGUUCACACAGUUCCAGUUUUAUUAUUAUAAGCUUUAUUUAACCAGUUAUGCCUUAUUGAAAUAAAAAAUUAUAUGUUUUAACAAGAGAGUCCUACCCAAGCCAGGGAGCAGACGAAAUCAUGUCGUAUGAUAUCAGAAUAUUUGUAAAAUAUUAAUCCAAAAAUACUAAUCCAUCUUGAUAUUGCAAUAAUGAUGAUAUUUCACUGAAAUAGUAAAAGUGUUUGUUUGGAUAUGUAAUGAUUUGUAUAAUCCAUCUACCGAUGCUGAAAACAUUCCAUUUGACAACUUUUUAAACUAUGAAGCUGUUAACAACACAUUUUAAAAAUUUAAUGAAUUAACAAUGAAUCUGCUCCCAUAAAGCCAAAAUAACAUAAAUUACUCUUCGAGUUAUCCGAUCCAGGGAUUUUGACCAGUAUGGGCUCAUCCAUAGACAGAAAUGAAGUACAAUAAAAAUUAACAUAUGUACAACUCUAAUUAAAACAUUAAACAGCUUUGUAUGUAUAAUUUACACUUAAUGUAAUACAUUUAAUUUCCUGAUAAAUACAAUCAGCCAAACAGUAUUAUUGUUAUUAUUUUCAAAAUAUAGCUUGAAAACAUAA